AUGUUAAAUAUCACAGAUACGUCGCGACUAUCAUCGACACUUGUGAAUAUUCAAGGAUAUAUGACAUUAUAUGGAAUGCCAUUGGUAUUAUUCUUCGGAGCUAGUGGGAACAUGAUUAACUGUGGAGUUUUUCUUCAAAAAAAUCUACGCUCAAAUAGUUGUAGUAUCUAUUUUAUCGCAUCAUCUAUCUCACAUACGAUAUUAUUAAUAUGGGCCAUGUCAACGAAUAUGUACUCAGUGACCAACAAAGAUCCUCUGGCAUAUUCAACAAUCUAUUGUAAAAUCCGGCCGUAUUUGAUUAGUUCACUUUUUAUGAUUUCUCGAACAUAUAUUGUACUAGCGUGUGCCGAUCGCUAUGCUCUUUGUUCGCCGGAUGUUCGUAUACGAGCGUUCAGUCGCAGUCAAAAUGCAUUUCGACUUAUUCCACUAGUUAUUCUUAUUUGGAUUUUUUUACCUAUACACAUCGCGAUUUUUAAUACAAUCGAAGGAAAUCAAUGUAUUAUGCCAGGAAUAUAUCGUAUUUUGUAUGCUGUGUAUGCUAUUAUUUGUGCGGGUAUUCUUCCGCCAUUCUCUAUGGUUACUUUUGGUUUAUUAGCAUAUCGGAAUCUUCGUUACAUGCGACGACGAAUUCAACCGGCGAACAGCGACCAAAGACGGCAGACACGUAUUAAAAGAACCGACUUUCAAAUCAUGAAGAUGCUUUCUGUGGAAGUCAUGAUCUAUUGCGCUUCGACAUUACCAUUUCCGAUCAAUACUGUUUACGCAGCCGCCACAGUGAAUGUAAUCAAAAGUAAAGAUCGAGCAGCGGUUGAUGCUUUUUUGUCGUUUCUUGCCGGUUCAAUAUUACAAUACAUGAAUGCUUCAACAGCAAUGUAUUCGAAUCUAAUUACGUCAGCAGCUUUCAGAAAUGAACUGAAAAAAUUCUUCAAGAAUUGCCUUAAACUUCAUCGUGUGUUGAGCAACGCAGCAUCCACUAGAGAACAUCGAAUCGUUCCUGCAGAUGGAACGCCUUUAAAUGACUAG